AUGGCACCGCAAAAUACUCGUACAAAUUCACACGGCAGUCAACGGAAAAGUGACAAGACUCAUGUUUUAGUCGAUAGAAACGAACGUAGACGUCCAGUUAAUAGAGUAUUGCAACAAAUAAAAUAUUUACGAAGGUCCGUGCAUUUGCUCAUACCAAAAGUUCGUUUCGCUCGUUUAGUUAGAGAAAUUAUUAUAGAUUACUUUCCAAGGAAGCAGAUAACCAGACUACAGGUGACGGCGCUUCAAGCACUACAAGAAGCAGCUGAAGCAUAUUUAGUUGAAUUCUUUGAAGACACUAUACUAAUGGCACAUCAUGCAAAGCGUAUCACUAUUAAAAUACAUGAUAUGAUUUUGGUGCGAAGACUUCGAGGAAGGCGUGAUGUCAUAAAUAAAUAA